UUUGGAUGUUGGGAAUUUUGUGGUUGGUUUUGUGGGACUCUAGUAAUUGUUGGUUUAGAGUCAAUUUAAAAAAAACGGUUGAAGUAAGCUGAUCAUACGGAAACUGUAACGAAAAAAUGGAUAAAAUCCCACAAAUAGAAGAUGUUUUAAAAGUUGUUAAGAAUACGCCGACCAAGUACGAUAAUCGGAUCCAUGAACUCCACAAGGGAGAGCACUUCUCUAAGAUGUACGCGGCCUACAGGCCCCAAUACCCACAAGAGAUCUACGACAAGAUCAUGGCAUACCACUCGGAGAACCCGAACAACGAGAGACAACUCGCUGUUGAUGUUGGUUGUGGGACUGGACAGGGUACUCUGCCCUUGACUAAAUACUUCAAAAAGGUGAUAGGGACGGACGUGAGUGAAGACCAAAUCAACAACAUGCCGAAAAAUGUUCCAAACCUGGAGUCUCACGUGUCGUUUGCAGAGGAUCUCAAAUUUCUGAAAGACGGAACUGUGGACCUAGUAACCAUAGCAACAGCUCUCCACUGGGUGGAUCAUCCCAAGUUUUUUAAGGAAGUAGCACGAGUGUUAAAGCCAGGUGGGACUUUUGCCGCCUACACCUUCUGCAGUGAUGCUAUAGACAACACUGAGUGGCAAGCGCACUUCUUAGAGCUGACGAAGACAUUGUUUGUAAACUACGUCACAUCAAAGGUUCAUCACAUUUUCGACAAAUAUGAAUCCCUGGAAUUCCCUUUUAAGCACUUGAAAAGGUAAUAUACAGUUAUCACUUUAUUUAAAUUAA